GGGACUUCCGGUCUUCCCUGCAGCAGAGCGGUGAAGCGGCUCCUGCUAGUGCUGAUUUUGAAAGGCUUUUGUGCUGUUUGCGUUUUCUCUUAAUGUUGGUGCUGUCUCUGCUUUCCUUUUACCUGGCGGGGGUCUUGGUCAAAACACUCCCUGCGACCUUACUCUUCUAGGGUUGUGAUUUUUUUCUCUCAUCAAGAAAUAUCACUUGGUAAUUUGUCAAACUCAAGAAACCCCUGGAAAAGCAGUCGUGGGCAGGCGCAGAGGGUACGGCUUCCAGAGCAUUUUGGCAAAUCAAAGCCAGGGACCGUUGCUGGGCCUCAUUUCCUCAACUUUUCGGCUCCGAACUGCUUCUUUGACUUAGAAGGACAUCUUAUUCUGCCAUAGUAAUGGCAGCCGAACUGCGAAUGAUACUUUAUGAAGAUGAUUCAGUACAAGUACAAUAUGUUGAUGGUUCCACGUUGCAACUUUCUCCCUGUGGCUCUGAAUUUUUAUUUGAAAAGUCACCUCCUGUUUCAGCACAUCCUUUAGAACAACCAGAAAGAAUUCGUCAGAGGACACAUUUUGUCAUUAGCACUUACAGAGAGCAACUACAGCGAGCCCUAGAUUUUCGAAACUCUUCAGCUACUUGCCCUUUUUUAUCUGAAACCAUCAUACCUUCUGAAAGAAAAAAGUAUAUCUUCAUUGACAUCACAGAAGUGAGAUGGCCCAGUCUUGAUACAGAUAGUACCAUGAUAUGUAUGGAGAGUGGCAUUGUGAAGAUAACAUCUUUAGAUGGUCAUGCAUACCUCUGCCUGUCCAGAUCUCAGCAUGAAUUUACAGUACAUUUUUUGUGUAAAGUUAGCCAGAAGUCAGACUCAUUUGCAGUGUUGUCAGAAACAAAUAAUAAAGCCCCAAAAGAUAAACUAGUUGAAAAAGCUGGCAAAAUCUGUAUACAUGGAAAUUUAUCAGGACAGAGACUGAAGAAUAAAGAAAAUGAGCUUCAUUGCCAGAUCAUGAAAUCCAAAGAAACUUUAAAGAAGAUGAGUUGUGUAAAUGGAACUGAAGGGAGGGAAGAGCUGCCUUUGCCUGGUAUGAAGCACACAUGUGUAUACACAUGGGUCAAGCAGUGCUGGUCUGUGGCUGCCUGUCCAGAGGAAUGGAAAUAUCCUUUGUCUUUAGCACUUCAUUUUCAUAAUAAAAUCAACAGUAUGUCUAAAAUUGAUGCACAUAUAACUCAGAGUAGAUGUUUAACUUCUGAUAUUUCAGAGGAAAGAGGAAAAGUGGUUUCCGUUCUUCCCAGGGCACUGCCACUCAGCUGUCCAGUUCCACACCUGCACAGGUGGAAUUUUUGGGAUUCACUUUUACAGAGACAAUCCGAUGAAUAUUCCUAUCCUGAGCAAGUAAAAAUGGUUUGGUACAAAGGUGUUACAUAUAGACUUACCCAUCAAAAUAUGAACUCAAUAGAGAUUUAUCCUGGAGAUGGAUCUGUUUUCAAAUCAGAAGGGGCUUAUUUUGGGAAAUAUUUUACAUAUUAUUCCAUUCAAGAAGGAUCAGAAGAGAGAGAAGAGAAAACUUACUCAGUAAAUAACCUUCCUCCAGAUAGACCAGGAAGUCCAUUCUCUGUUGGUUCUCUAAUUAAACAGGCAACAAGAAUUCUUCAACAUUGUGUGAAGAUGAGACUUUCUUUAAGCCAUAACUAUCAUAUAUGCUGCUGGAAAAUGGUACCUGUUAUAAAUGAUAGCAAUAUACUGCCUUUGGUUUUGAAAGAGUCACUCAUACCCAGCGUGGGAAGAUUUCUUGCCUACUCUGAUGACAAAGUACAUGCUAUCUUUUUAGAUGGCAUUACUCUAACCCUAAAUUGGAAUUUUAGCUCUCCUAUUGAGAAGAGACAGGUAAAUCAAGGUCUUAACUUGGGUUGGUGUAAGUUAACUUUUCCUGAUGGACAAGAUCAGUUAAUUCAAAUUGAACACCCUGAACCAUAUGAAAGGUCUGUUGCUUCUGAACUUGAAAAGAUACAGAAGUUUAACUGUAUCCUUUAAACAGAAUGCACUGUCCUACAUAAUUACUCUCUUUCAUUCUAGGCUUAAUUCAUGACUUCAGUACUUUGUGAAUAUUAAUCUAUACUUAAUAUAUUGCUAACCUUUAUUGAGUCAGCAAAUACUUAAGAUUGUAAUUUAAGAUGGAUCUUGUCCAUAGAAGGUAUAGCAUGUUAACAUUUAUACUUUUCUUUGAGUUUAAAUUGGGUAAAGAACAGUUAAUUAGGGUUAAGGUCUCCUUUGGAAACUUUUUCACUUACAUAAUUAUAAAAUUAUAGCUGUAUAAGACCUCUUUUUUUAAUGAAAUAUUUCGUUCUGUACAUUCUCACCCAAUUCAUCUAAAUUUGUUUUCUCUUGUGAUUUUUCUCUAAUCUUAUUCAAAUAAGUUCUGUAGUGAACAGGUUUUUCACUCUAAAUCUUUUAAAAUUAAAAAUAGACACUACACAGAUUCCUUAUAAUCCUAUCAUCCUACUCUUUAAUUCCCAUAUCAUUUCUUCAUUUAAAGAAAUGUUACUGAGAUUUUCAUUAUUUCCUCCUUACCACCAAACCUCCACCCAGACACACACAUACACACUCUGUUCUCUUUCCCCCUCCUUUAUACUCUAACUAGUUUCUUCAUUUACAAGGAGCAGACUUGAUAAGCCUUGCAGUUCUAUUAUGAAUCCAAGAGGUCUUCCAGCUGAGAAAUAUUUAAUAUGAAGGGUAUGCUUUCUGAAUAUAAAGAUAUUUAUAUAAUGAAACAUGGGGAAAACCCCCUUAACUAAGCAACUUAGUGCUACUAGAGAAUAGUGGUAUCCUAAACCAGAUUUCUAACAAGAAAAAUGAGCCGUCUUCUGAUCAUUAUAAACCAGGAUCUUCAGAAACCUUGCUAGGAGAAGUUAAUGAAAACAGAGUAUCAAUAGCAUUGAAAAAAACCUCUGAAAUCCUUCACGAUAUUGACUGUCUUCUAUCAAACUCUAAAAAGUGAAAAAUGGAAUUAUUACAACAUAUUAUUAAAAGUUUUAAGCAUGUUGUUUCAAGUGACUGGUAUAAAAUUACUAGUAAGCCAAGAUAUUGUAUGUAUUACCCCUACACAAUGAUUGUGAAAGAACUGACAUUUAACUUUGAAGGUAUUAUUUAACUUGUACAUUUUUAAAAUAUGUAUUUGUAUUUUAUUAAUAAAUAUCUUGAAGUUUUGAAC